AUGACUUCAGAAAAUCGGCCUCCAAAAUCACCGGCUCGUCCCAAGGGCGGCUCCUCGCAGCCACCUAUGAUGCAAAAGUCCCUCCUCUCCUUCUUCAAGACUGCCGCACCUCCUGCUGCUCCAGCAGCAGCAGCAACCACAAACGCCACCAACGUGAGCAAUGGAAACUCACUCACAAUCAAAGACUCGGACCCCAUGCGGACACCCAUCAAGAAGAAGAAGACCAACGAAGCAGCUUCACAAGACGUACCCUUGUUUCUGGAUUCUUCACCGCUGUUCUCGACGGAUGAGUCGAUUCUAAACAGCACAUCUGCAUCAAGUACUACUCCUACUGCGCACAAACGCAAGACGGCCGAUUUCGAAGACAGUAGUCCCAUCGCCUACCAGGACGAAUCGCGGUCGGUCAAGAAAUUUGCGGCAGCGGUUGAGAAGCUGUCGUUGGGCACUCCUGUCCGCAAGCUGGAUCUGUUUGAUAUCGAGCCUGAGGAUGAGGAAGAAGCUAUCGGGUCUCGACGUUCGAGCCGCAGUGCCAGGAAGAUCAAGUACCAAAUCUCGGACGAUGAGGACGACGACGAUGAUGAUACGGAGAAAAAAGGCCCUUCUACCCCCAGCAAGCCACAGCGAAAGUCUAGAGUCCAGCUGGAUGAUGACGAUGACUCAGAGUAUGAGGCGCCUGCUCUCGCACCUGAGGAUGACUUUAUGGAUAUUGAUGAUGUGGAGCUGGAUGAUAGUCUACUGGAAGACGAUAUUGAGGUGCCAUCGUCACCAGCUCGGGGCAAAAAUAAACCUGCUCAGUCCAAGCCCAAACCUACCACACCAUCCAAGCCUGUCGUGGCCGCCGUCUUCAAUACCUCAAAUAAGCCCGCACCUCGCCCAACACUGAUGUUGAAGGAUGACAAGAAGAGAGAGCGAGUAGCCAGGUUCGAGGAGAAAAACAACGGACGAUACAGCUGGCUUUUGGAUAUUAAGGAUGCUGACAUGAACCCAAUAGGUUCACCGGAUUAUGACCCUAGGACACUUUACAUACCGAAGACAGCAUGGGCCACGUUCACAGAGUUUGAGAGGCAGUUUUGGGAGAUCAAAGGCCAGAAUUUUGACUCAGUGGUCUUUUUCAAGAAGGGCAAGUUUUACGAGCUGUACGAGAACGACGCCGACAUUGGACACCAGAAGUUUGACCUCAAGCUUACAGACCGCACCAACAUGAGGAUGGUGGGAGUGCCCGAGUCGAGUUUCGAGUACUGGGCGGCUCAGUUUAUUGCCAAGGGAUACAAGGUGGCGAGGGUCGACCAGAUGGAAACGGCACUCGGGAAGGCUAUGCGCGAACGUGAUGGAGUUGCUGCAAAGUCGGCACCGAAGGUCAUUCGGCGCGAGCUUCAUUCGAUUCUGACGGCCGGAACAUUGACAGACUCGGGUCUGCUGACCAAUGACAUGGCGACCUACUGUAUGGCGAUCAAGGAGAUCAAUCGACCUGGCGCCGAGCAUUUGCCCACACAGUUCGGAGUCGCGUUUGUGGAUACCUCAACAGCAGAGUUCAACCUGGCGACUUUCUAUGACGACAUGGACAGGACUAAGUUUGAGACUCUUAUCACCCAGAUCAAGCCCAAAGAAGUUGUUGUGGAGAAGGGUGGUCUCAGCAUUAGGAGCACCAGGAUUUUGAAGAACAGUCUGGGCGCCAACACGAUUUGGAAUCACUUGCAGCCUGAGGCCCAGUUCUGGAACGCUUUGGAUACAGCGGACGAGCUUCGCAUCAAAGAAUAUUUUGGAGCUAAUGAAGCAGGUUCGCUUGCCUCAGAUUGCUGGCCAGCCGCGUUGCAGAGUGUGAAGGAUAACAUGGUAGUGAUGAGUGCGCUUGGAGGUCUGGUCUGGUACCUGAGAUCUCUCAAGCUUGAUACAGAGCUGCUGUCCUUCAAGAACUUUCACGUCUAUGACCCAGUUCGCCAAGCUUCUACACUUAUCCUGGACGGCCAGACUCUUUCCAACUUGGAAAUGUUCCAGAACAACGGCGAUGGUUCUGAGACUGGGACUGUCCUUCGACUCCUCAACCGAUGUGUCACCCCAUUCGGAAAGCGUUUGUUCCGCAGAUGGCUGUGUCACCCUUUGCGAUCGAGCUCAGCCAUUGGAGCGCGUCUGGACGCUGUCGAGGAUCUUAUGCGUGUCCCAGGAUUCAUGGAGUUGUUUGAGGAGAGGUGUGCUCGCUUCCCUGAUCUGGAGCGUAUUGUGAGUCGAAUCCAUGCCGGAUCUUGCAAGAUUUCCGAGUUUUUGGUGGUUCUGUCGACCUUCAGGACGUUGGUGGAUACCUCCCGUCUGUUGAGCUCAUACACAGACCAGUUCAAGUCCAAGAAGCUGGCGUCAGUCCUAGACGAGUUGCCAGAUUUGACGGAGCACUUAAACUAUUUUGAAGAGGCUUUCGAUCACAAGGUGGCACAGGCUGAGGGCGAUGUUAUCCCACACCCUGGUUUCGCAGAGGACUAUGAUGCCAACAACGAAGCCUUGAACAACCUUGACUCUCAGUUUGCACAACUUUUGGACAAGGCCAAACGCGAGCUCAAGACAACGAAGAUUGUGUACAAGGAUUUGGGUAAGGAAAUCUACCAGCUGGAGAUGUCGAAUAAGAUCACUGUUCCCAAGAACUGGAAGAAGACCUCGUCUACUAGCACGAUUAGCCGAUACUACACGCCGGAAUUGAUGGCGCUUGUCACGAAGUUGCAGGAGGCCAGGGAGACCAAGAACGCUAUCAUGAAGGAGCUUAAGGGACGACUCUACGCCAAGUUUGACCAGGACUACAAGGACUGGUUGAAGGCAGUCAAGAUCAUUGCUGAGCUGGAUUGUCUCUGCUCUCUCUCGAAGAGUAGCUCUGCCCUUGGUUCGCCUUCUUGCCGCCCAGAGUUCGUGGAUAGCGAGCGGUCGGUUUUGGAACUGGAAGGAUUGAGGCACCCCUGUGUUAUCCCUGGUAUCGCAUCGGACUUUAUCCCUAACGACACUAUGCUUGGAGGAGACACGUCCAACUUGAUUCUGCUGACGGGUCCCAACAUGGGUGGUAAAUCCACGCUGCUUAGACAGACGUGUGUGGCAAUCAUUAUGGCGCAACUUGGAUGCUAUGUCCCCGCGGAAAAGUGCAGGCUGACGCCCUUUGACCGGAUCUUCACGCGUAUUGGAGCAAACGACAACAUUUUGGCUGGUCAGUCGACAUUUAUGGUGGAGCUGUCGGAGACGUCCAAGAUUUUGUCAGAGGCAACAGAGCGGUCGAUGGUGAUUUUGGACGAGCUGGGACGAGGCACAAGCACGUUCGAUGGGUAUGCGAUUGCAUACUCUGUCCUGCAUGAGCUGUCGACUCGGAUUGGAUGCCUGGGCCUGUUCUCGACUCACUAUGGAACACUGACGAACGAGUUUGAACGGGAUCCCAAUGUUGCAUUGAAACACAUGGCAUGCCAAGUAGACCAGGCCAACAGAGAAGUGACGUUCUUGUACAAGUUAGUGGAUGGUGUCUGUGAAAAGUCGUAUGGUAUGAACGUCGCACACAUGGCAGGCGUCCCUCGCGAGAUUGUUGACCGUGCGGAGGAAAUGGCACAGGAGUUUGAGCUUAAGCAGGAAACCAAGCGGGAGGAGGAGUUGCGUCUCACUCGCGGCGUCAAGAAUGUAGGACUCGGUAUGGUGAUGGAUCUUGCGUACUUGCUUGGUAGAGUCGGUAGUCCAGACACUGCUGCAGCUGAUGAUGAUGAGAUGGGCGGUGACGCUGAAGGCAAUGGUGGCUCCUCGACGACGCGAGUGGGUGUACGGCACCUUACGAAGGAGCAGGAGACACGUGUUUUCCAGCGCAUCUUCAAGGCCAUGGCCUCCCUGUAA